CUCUACCCAAAAACGGGACGGCCAGCGGAACAUCAACUGCCACUGCGACAAAGAAGACAAAGAGACCGGAGAUACCCGCAGUGGCGAAAUAUAUACCCGAGAAGAGUAAGCCCGUAUUAUUGGACAAAAAGGGUCCUACCAAGAAAGAUCCGGGCGCCGUUUCUAUAAAUAGCACACAUGCCCCCAACCGAACCUCGGGUGCGCCAAGUGCAAGCACAGCUACGGCGACAAAUCCAACGACACCUCAAGCGUCCCGUGGGAAUGUUGUGUCUACUGCACCCACAACACCCGCAGCCAAUAGGUCGCGACGUAAACACGUCACACGCGACGAGGACGCAUUGCUAGAACAACGCAUCUACGAUACACUCUCAGGGUCCUAUGUCUCCGGUGCGUGUCCUUUCCUCGGAGCGAAGGACAGGACCGCUCUCCGGCCCACUCCCUCAUACACAGCCCCACCAACCACUGCACGUGUGCCUGUGGGUGUUCGUAGUGUCCUUGUGGGUGAACGCUUCUCGCACAGUGGAUCCGUACUGCCUGCUUGUAUUACGUAUGGAUUAGUGACAAGUGUCAGGGGGAACAAACAACAACAGCAUGCACAUAACACUAUAAUCACACUACACUGUCCACAGCCUAACAAACAUAACACUUAA